AUGCCCGCCGUCUCGAAGCUCCGUGUCCCUGUCGUGUCUUUCCUCAAUGGGAUGGGAUCUGCCAUGCGCAAGCAGUUUGCAGCAUCAACGACCCCCGCGGGAGAUCUCUUCCGCUCAGGGAAGCUCGAAUUGGUGGAUAUUCCUGUUCCUACACUUGUUGGGAACGCGCAAAACCCGCUCAAUGGCCACAACAUGGAUGACUCGAACGCUCCCAAGUGGGACCUCACAAUCGAUCAGCAGCGGGCUGUAGAACAGGCUAGGAUUGUGGUCAUGGAUCAACAUUCAGGGGGUCCGCUCUUCUUGGCACCCCACGAAAACCUACCCAAGGACAAACACCAUCUUCUUCGCAAUAUUGAAUGGGUACAGGGCACAUAUGCAGGAGUGGAGCAAUAUUUGAACCGACUACCGCAUGGUGCGAACGCUUUGCACAGUGACCAAUUGCCAAAGUUUACAUUGACGAGGGCUGGAGGGUUUCUCCCUCGGAUCAUGGCCCAGUACGUCUUCGGUUAUGUGACGAUGCUGGAGCGAAUGCUGCUAGAAGCUCGGGACUUUCAGAUCAAUCGCGACUAUGCGAGAGAGCAGUUGAUUCAGUUCCGACCGGCGCAGAAUGUGACGAUCGGAAUUCUGGGGCUCGGAGACAUUGGUCAGGGCGUGGGCAGGAUGCUGAGAGCUGCGGGGUACAAGGUGCUGGGCUUUAAGCGUCGAAUUGGUUCGGAAUUGGAUCAGGAACUGGCCGAUUGUGCGGAUCGAAUCACACCAAAUCUGGACGAAGUGUUGUUCACGAGCGACUAUUUAGUGAAUGUACUGCCGAGUACGAGCUCGACACGGUUCUUGCUGACUGAGAAGAAGUUGGAGCUCUGUCGAGAGCGUAAACCUGUUUUCAUUAACAUCGGACGGGGCGAUGUUAUCGCUGAGAAGACGAUCAUUCGCGCUCUGGACAGCGGUGUGUGGUCGCGAGCAGUGUUAGAUGUGUUCGAGAAGGAGCCACUUCCACGUGAGAGCGCGUUGUGGUCACACCCUUCUGUUCUACUAACCCCUCACAUCUCGGGGUAUGUUUUCGUUGACGACGUGGCGAGUUUGUUUGUGGACAACUUGAAUCGCUACUUGCGUGGUGAUUCAGUCCUGUACAAAGUAGACUGGACGGCGGGGUAUUAA